AUGAAAGUCUCCCAAACGCAAACCCGCUUCAUCGAAAGCGUCCAAGCAGCUCUCCAGAAAUACGACACCCAGCUCAAAAGCAUCAAUCACAAAAUCUGGUCGAACCCCGAACUCGCCUACGAAGAGCACCACGCCCACAACGCCAUCUGCGAGCUCUUCGACACCCUCCACUCGCAAGGCUACGAGGUCCGCCGCAGCGUCUAUGACCUCCCCACCGCGUUCGAGAUCGAAUUCACGCACGGCUCCGGCCCCGGCUCCGGCCGCGUCGUGACCUUCAACGCCGAGUACGACGCCCUCCCGGGCAUCGGACACGCCUGCGGCCACAACCUCAUCGCCACGAGCUCGAUCGCCGCCUUCAUAGCAACCUGCGAGGCGGUGCGCGCGCAGGCCCCCGCGGACAAGCCCCUCACCGUGCGUCUGCUCGGCACGCCGGCCGAGGAAUCUGGCGGCGGGAAGGUGAAGCUGCUAGAGCGGGGGGCGUACCGCGAUGUCGACGCCUGCUUGAUGGUUCAUCCGUUUCCGAUCGUGACGAACGAUACCGAGCUGCUGAGUAUCGCGACGGUUGUGCCCGGUGGGUAUUUGGCGAAUGAUAAGGUGAGAGUGACGUUUACGGGGAAGCCGGCGCAUGCGGCGGCGGCGCCGUGGGAGGGCAUUAAUGCGCUGGAUGCGGUGGUUGCGGCGUACGUGAAUAUUGCGCUCCUGAGGCAGCAGAUUCUGCCCAGUCAGAAGAUUCACGGCAUCAUUGUUAAUGGCGGGGAUCGGCCGAAUGUGAUUCCUAUGUCGGCGUCGGUGGAUUAUUAUGUUCGCGCGGCGAGUGUGAAGGCGCUGAAGCCAUUGACGGAGAAGGUGGUGAAGUGUUUUGAGGCGGCGGCGACGGCGACGGGGUGUAAGGUUGAUUUUGAAUGGGGCAUCUCGUAUGCGGAUCUGAAGACGAACACGCCGAUCUGUCAGAGCUACGUUUCGGCCAUGCGAGUCAUGGGCCAUCAUACGGUGUUCGACAACGCAGGGAAAGGCGACGAGCGGUUUGGCGGCGGGUCUACGGAUAUGGGAAAUGUCUCGUAUGCUGUGCCUGGCUUUCACGGGAUGAUGGCCAUCCCCGUUGACGGAGUCAAUCACACACCUCAGUUCACGAAGGGCGCCGGAUCGCCCGAGUCGCAUCGGCGGAGUAUCUACUGCGCUGCAGGAAUGGCCGUUGUGGCGUGUCAGGUUCUGGUGGACGAUGAGUUUGCCCAGGAGGUGAAGGCGGAUUUUGAAAAGAAAUCCGAGGAUUAGCUUUGAUACCACCUCCAUGCCC